GGUGCCACUGCUUGCAGUCAAUCACGAUUACGCACGUCGUUAAAGUCCCCUCAACCGGCACCAAACUCUGAGCUGGCCAUAUGCUAACAUCUCAUUUGUGGGGACGACAAACCUGGUGAGACUCCCUUCGACUCAUACAUUAAUUCUGUAUAUAUUAAAACGCGGAGAGAGAGGAAGUGCGAUAGAUGCUGGGGUGGGGAGCCGCGUGACUGAUGGCACAAGGCUGACAACCACCAGACUAUACCAUUGUUUGGAUGUAGACCAGGACUCAGCAGCUCCGUUUAUUGACUUCAAGAUUAAAUUAUUUUUAAUAUAAUAGGUUUUCUGUACACGUAUCGACGGUAACGUGCGCUCCGGGGUUUUGCGUAAACUGGCAUCAUGCGUAAUUUGACACUCUACGUAGACAACAACAUUUGUUGAAAGCAUAUCAACAACAUAUGAUGUUCAGUUCUGAACAUAAAAUAGCAACGGAGACAUUGAAUGACUUAACCCGUAUUUGCGUCCCAGUGCGUAUUUUGGGGGUUUGUACCAAUGGGACUUGUUGCUUCCACAUCGACUGCAUUUGAAUAGGCUAUUUGAUUGAAAACACGUGAAUAAUGGAGGCGACACACAACGGAUCCAACACAACAAGGAAUUUAACGAAUCAAUUCGUUCAACCCCCGUGGCGUAUUGCGUUAUGGUCAGUAGCAUACAGCUCCGUGCUAGCCGUGGCGGUUUUUGGAAACUUAAUUGUGAUCUGGAUCAUAUUAGCUCACAAGCGGAUGAGAACCGUGACGAACUAUUUCCUGCUCAACUUGGCUUUCUCUGACGCUUCGAUGGCUGCGUUUAACACUCUAAUAAAUUUUAUUUAUGCUGCCCAUGGCGAGUGGUACUUUGGUGAAGCCUACUGCAAGUUCCACAACUUCUUCCCUGUCACCGCAGUCUUCGCAAGUAUCUACUCGAUGACAGCAAUUGCUUACGACAGGUACAUGGCCAUCAUCCAUCCCUUGAAGCCUCGCCUGUCGGCCACUGCCACCAAGGUGGUGAUCGUGUGUAUCUGGGCUCUGGCUGUGGCCCUGGCCUUCCCUCUCUGCUUCUACUCCACCCUCCGCAGGAUGCCUCGCAGGACCAUCUGCUACGUGGCCUGGCCUCGACCCGCGGACGACUCCUUCAUGUACCACAUCAUCGUGAUGGUGCUGGUGUACCUGCUGCCCCUAGUGGUGAUGGGCAUCACCUACACCAUCGUGGGCGUGACCUUGUGGGGAGGAGAGAUCCCUGGGGACUCUUCAGACAACUACCACGGACAGCUCAGAGCCAAGAGGAAGGUGGUGAAGAUGAUGAUCAUCGUGGUGGUGACCUUCGCCCUCUGUUGGCUGCCGUACCACGUCUACUUCAUCGUGACGGGCCUCAUCAAGUACCUGAACAGGUGGAAGUUCAUCCAGCAGGUGUACCUGUCAGUGCUGUGGCUGGCCAUGAGCUCCACCAUGUACAACCCCAUCAUCUACUGCUGUCUGAAUAGCAGGUUCCGGGCGGGCUUCAAGCGAGCAUUCCGCUGGUGCCCGUUCGUGCACGUGUCCAGUUACGACGACCUGGAGCUGCAGAUGACCCGACUCCGCCCUGGCAACCAGAGCAGCAUGUGCACGCUGUCGCGUAUGGAGACCAGUAUCAGCAGCCACCGUAGCAAGAAGAAGAAGAGCCCUGCCUCCCACACCAAUGGAGAGGCCGCCGCUGCUGAAUGCUCUGACCCAACCGUGGUCAGAUCUAGCCUGUACAGCAACCCCGAGGAUCCAAAGGAGCAGUUCUCCUGAGAGACGGACGAGUUCAGAGGUUAACACUUGGGGAGAGGUCAAUACUGGGGGCAAGGUUAGAGAGAGAUCAACACUGGGUCUGUGGACCAGUGGAUUCAGUGUUAACACCAUGGUGGUAGUUGCAGGAUCUUUACUGCCCUCUACUGUGCUGUAAUCGUUAGUGUUGGUCGUAUUAUGUUUCCGAAUCACGUCUAAAGAACACAGCGCUUUGAUUCAACUAUUAGUACUAGAGAUUGUCUGUGUGUUACUGAAUCUUAACCAGUCUCUUCUUCUGUACAAACUCACAAUGUGUCUCUGCGGAUCUUUAAAACCUAGUUUGCAUAAGUAUUGAUUCUAAUUAGUAGUGAUGAUAUCGACUUAAGCGGUUUGUUACAGUAAGUGCAUACGAAUGUAAUAAACGAUGAUGCCUUUAACUUCCAUAUAUCCACAGGUAUUGUUUUGGCUAUGGCAGGUGUACUGCAUCAGACCCACAUAAGAAUCUCUCCCUAGUCAGUACAGAGUCAGAGACAGAGUCAUCUUUUCUAGAACAUUCAGUUAGAAGGAAGAAUUACAAGGUUCCUUAUGUGGAUCAUGAACGUCAUACUGUAAAUCUGUUUAUUUUGGCUGAUCAUUGGCUGCUGGACUGAUUGACAACAAUGCCGACUGUGCGUCCUGGGGUGGACUUUAACCUCGAGGCACCGGACUGAAAAUAUAUUAAAUGCCUUAACGUCCAUCAGCAAUUUCCUGAAGUGAAAGAACAUGGCAUCUCCUCACAAAUGAAAAAGAAUUGACAAAAAGACCAAAAAGAAACAUCAUGUCCGUUGUUUCUGUUAUUGGUAGGCAGGCUAGAAAUUAUCUUUCAGCUGAAUUUAAAUUAUUUGAAGCUGUAACAAUAAUAUUGUCACAAAAGUGUCACUUUUCUGAGAACACAGACUCAUUUUCUUGUGUGUGAGUAAGGACCUGUAAAUGUAACCUGGUAUCACACCUUUUUGUGCUUGUGAUACCAGAUUGGUAAAUGGCAUAAUUGGAUGCUAUCUGGUUGUUAUUUAUUAUUUAUUCUGUAUUCAUUGAGAGGUGCAUUUAAAGUGUACAUAAACUGUGAUCUGCUUCAGUGCAUGUGCCUAAACAUGCGCACAUACAUAUACACCAUUGUGCAUUCCAUAAGGAUGAAAAUAACAGUGCAUUACUGUACAGUAUAAAAGGAUUAUGACAGUGUUGAGGUAUUAACCACAAUAUAAAAGCUUUUUUAUAUUGCGCAAAGAGAUUAUGCAAGGGCCUGGCUUCUCAUUAAACAUGACUGUGUCAUGUUCUCCAACUCUCCAGUGUCAAUCACUUGGUCAACUCGCCCCCUCAUCCCCUCCUCUCACUCUCUUACAUCUAUAACCUAUUUUGUAUAAAGCAUACACCCAGUGUUUUUAGCUAACUGCACAUUUGUCCAUCAAUUACGUAAAUGCAAAUACUUUUGGGGGGGUUUCCAAUAUGUUUUUGUUCCAAUAACUUGUGUUUUACUUUCAGUUUUUUUAGGUUAAAUACUGAGCUGUUAGGUAUGUGUUCAUGUAUUGACCUGCUAGAUUUAGAUUUGUUUGUAUUGCUAGUUGGCUUUUGUGGAUUCAAAAUAUGUGAUUGUCUGGCUUUUUCUUGUACAAAUAAUGUUCAACAAAUGUUCUUUUAUUGAAACAAUCCUUAAUUUUUCUACUCUGGCCAUUAUGAGGCUGUGUGCUGAAAAUGUGGGGUGGGUAAGGGCAUGUUGAAUAGCCUACCUUUAGACUUAUAUAGUACAUGUGAGUGCUUGCCUUAAUUCUUCUUAAUAAACUUUGGCUCAAAUCCUG